UUUUUUUUAUCUAAUCGGUGUUCAUAAACUGCUCGGGUGCUUAGUGUCAGAAAAAUGUUGAAACGUAGCGGGUGUGUAAUCGCCGUCCGAUUUUUCGGACAUCGGUACUCCACUGCGACGACUUCCGUGCUUCCCAAAGAGACAAAAGUGGACCCGCUGACCGAUUCAUUCGGCAGACGACACACUUACCUACGCAUUUCAUUAACUGAGCGCUGCAAUUUGAGAUGUCAGUACUGCAUGCCCGCCGACGGCGUCAAGUUGACGCAGUCCGCGAAACUUCUCACGACCGAUGAGAUUCUGCGCCUCGCGGAACUGUUUGUCAAGCAAGGGGUGACGAAAGUUAGGUUAACGGGCGGGGAACCCACGGUCAGGCGAGACUUGGUCGACGUUAUUCGUCGUUUGAAGGGCGUCGCGGGUCUCGACACCGUCGCGAUGACUACCAACGGUUUAACGCUAACGAGACAGUUGGUCGCGCUGCAACGAGCCGGACUCGACGUGUUGAACGUUAGCCUGGAUACGCUGAACGCGGAAUUGUAUCGCAAAAUUACCCGAAGAGACAUGUGGAGUCGUGCGAUCGCGGGAAUCGAUCUGGCGGUACAGUUGGGUUACGACCCGGUGAAAAUCAACUGCGUGGUUAUGAAAGGAAUCAACGACGACGAGAUGUUGGAUUUCGUGGCGCUCACCAAAGACAAGCCGCUGGACGUGAGGUUCAUCGAAUACAUGCCGUUUACCGGCAACGAAUGGGCGGAAAACAAAAUGGUGCCGUACCGCGAGAUGGUUGAUAAAAUCAGAACGAAGUACGUUGAUUUCGGUGAGUGGGUCGACGGUCCGAACGACACAUCUAAAGCGUGGAAAGUGCCGGGCCACCGGGGCCAGGUGGGUUUCAUAACCUCGAUGAGCGAGCAUUUCUGUGGUACUUGCAACAGGUUACGGCUGACGGCCGACGGUAACCUUAAAGUGUGUUUGUUCGGUAACAAGGAGGUGUCGUUGAGGGACGCGAUACGUUCCGGAUGUUCGGACGAAGAUUUGACGUAUUUGAUAGGUGCCGCCGUAAUGAGGAAAAAACGGCAGCACGCCGGUGUUACCGCCCCUCCCUUAAUCACAUCCCUAACCUCAAAAUUGUCGCACCCGUUUGGCGUCGGUGGAGGGACGGCCGCGUCGCUCUCGACGCGCCGUUACUCGAACCACCUCAGCCACGUGGACGAUCGCGGCAAAGCGUCGAUGGUGGACAUUAUCCACAAGGCGGUGACGGUGCGCACGGCGACCGCCGUCGCCACCGUCAAAGUGGGCCCGAAAAUAACGAAACUGAUCAGCGAGAAUGGCGUGAAAAAGGGCGACGUGCUGAGUAUCGCGCAGAUCAGCGGGAUCCUCGGCGCGAAGAAGACGUCCGAAAUUAUACCCUUGUGUCACAACAUUCCGCUGACGCGGAUUGUCGUGACCGCAGCGUUGGACGUCGACUCCGAAGAGGUGAAACUAUUUUCGGAUAUUCAGUGCGAGGGAAGGACCGGCGUCGAGAUGGAAGCCUUGACGGCGGUUAGCGUCGCCGCGCUUACGAUCUACGACAUGUGCAAAGCGGUCAGCCGCGAUAUCGUGAUUACCGACGUCUACCUGACGAGUAAGACCGGCGGCAGGAGCGGCGAUUACGUCAAGGAGGCGGUCGAGGUGCGCCAAUACGACCACAGGCCCAUCACGAGACUCGCGCCCUACGUGGGGCCCGUGUGAGGUGAGCGCGCGACGAGAGACGCAUUUAUAUAUAGAGGUGCGUAAGUUGUGGAGAGGUGCGAAGCAUAUGUGCAAAAAUUUUUUUAUAUAUAUAUAUUUUAUUAUACCCUCAUUCACUAGACAUUGUUCGAUUUGAAUUUCAAAUUUUACUGCAUUUAUCUAGAACAUAGGUAUAUGGUUUUUACCAAAUUCGACAACAAUCAAUUCUCCUUCAUGGUGUUUUGUUAAUUAAGACGAGUUUGGAGUGUCUUCAGCAUUACAAU